AUGAUUCGCUCAGUCCGUCUCGUCUCUCCUAAAUCCCUUGCCCCCUACAUCUCGGCUCGUGGAAUCCAAACUUUUGAACCCCUCGUCACCGAUAUUAAAAUUACCCGCAAUGGUAAAACAAUUAUUGCUCAAGGUACUGGUGGCCGUUCCUCUCGUACUGGCUACACUGCCACCGUCUUUGGCUCUAACGGGUUCCUCGGUUCUCAUCUCGUCUCGCGUCUUGCUCGUCACGGUACUAUCACUGUCGCCCCCUUCCGUGAGGAAAUGAAAAAGCGUCACCUUAAGGUCGCCGGCGACCUCGGCGUCGUCAACUUUGUUGAGUUUGACUUCCGUAAUGUCCAAUCCAUUGAAGACGCUGUUAAAAACUCAGACAUUGUCUAUAACCUCAUUGGCCGUGAAUAUGAAACUAAAAACUUCUCUUACGAUGAUGUCCAUGUCGAAGGUGCUAAGCGUAUCGCUGAAGCUGUCGACAAGUAUAAUGUCCCCCGUUUUGUCCACGUCUCAGCUUUUAACGCAAACUCCUCUGACAAGGUCUCCCAGUUUAAUCGCACAAAGGGCCUCGGCGAGGAAAUUGUCCGCGAAAUCGUCCCCCAUACUACCAUUGUUAGACCCUCAACCAUGUACGGUAACUCAGAUAAGUUCCUCAACCAAAUCGCCUCUAAAUCCCGUCUCCUAGUCGCAAACAAUAACCAGGAAAAACUUCGCCCAGUCCAUGUUGUUGACGUUGCUGCUGCCCUCGAGCAAAUCGGCUACGACGAUGCUACUACCGGCAAGACUUUUGAACUUUACGGUCCUAAGGAACUCACCAUGGCUGAGAUUCAAGCUCUUGUCCAAGGUGCUACCUCCAACGAACAAACUGUUCUUAACCUCCCCAAGCAGCUCUACCUCGCCUUUGCUAAGGCUACCCAGCUCAUCUACUGGCCUACUCUUUCCCCAGAUCAAGUCGAGCGCAUGUUUAUUGACCAAGUCAUUGACCCUAACGCUGAGACUUUUGCCUCUCUCGGAAUUGAGCCUGCUCAACUCGAGUCUCUCGUCAUCAAGUACGUUAGACACUGGCGUUCUUACCUCCACUUGCAGGAUACCGUCGAUGCUACUCAAGCUCUGCGAAAAGAACGCGAGUACAUUCACAUUAUAGACCAGUAA